AUGUCGAAGGUGAUGCGCAGCGUGAAAAACGUGACCAAGGGUUACUCUCAUGCCCAGGUCAAGGUCCGAGAUGCGACGAGCAAUGAUCCAUGGGGUCCAACCGGCACGCAGAUGAGCGAGAUUGCCCAAAUGACCUUCAACACGUCCACCGAGUUCUACGACAUAAUGGAUAUGCUUGACAAGAGGCUCAAUGACAAGGGAAAGAAUUGGCGCCACGUUCUCAAGGCGUUGAAGGUUCUCGACUACUGUCUCCACGAGGGCUCUGAGCUCGUUGUCACUUGGGCGCGCCAGAGCAUCUAUAUCAUCAAGACACUGCGAGAGUUCCAGUACAUUGACGAGGAAGGUCGUGACGUCGGCCAGAAUGUCCGUGUCGCGGCAAAGGAAUUGACCGCGCUUAUCCUGAAUGACGAGCGAUUGCGAGCCGAGCGAAGCGACCGGAAGUCCUGGAAGUCGCGCGUCAUGGGCCUGGAUUCUGAUUUUGGCCCGCAGUAUGCUGAGCAGUCUCAGAGACGCCAGCCCCGAUCAGAACGGAGAGCUCCAAAUGAAGAAGAUGACGCUGAGUAUCGCCUUGCUAUCGAAGCUAGCAAAUACCAGGAGGAGGAAGACAGAAAACGAAGGCAGACUCGCUCCGGUGGUGAGAAUGACGAUGAUCUCGCAAAGGCCAUCAAACUGAGCCAGGAGGAGGAAGAGAGAAGACGCCGUGAACUUGAAGACUCCAACGCCCAUUCUCUAUUUGACGAUGACACUCCCGCAACAUCCCAGCCGCAGCACACAGGAUUCAACCAGGGCUACCAACAAGGCAACGCUGUGGAUUUCUGGGCUAACCCAAUCGACCAGCAGGCUGCACAGCUUCCCCAGCAGACGGGCUAUCUAGGAAACGCUUAUACUGGAUACCAGCAGCCGCAGCAGCAGCAGCCGCAGCAAACUGGCUGGCAGCCCAACUACAACGUCGCUUUCGGUGUAGAUACAUUCCUCCCGGUGCCUACAGGUAACCAGCUUGGUCAACAACAGCAGCAGCAACAAUACCUACAGCAGCAGCAGCAGCAGCAGUUUGCCCAACAACAGCACUUGCAGCCUUCUCAGGCACUGGAUUUGGCCAUCCAGCCUGGAAGCAACAAUCCUUGGGCAACUAACAACCAGCAACAGCAGCAGGCUAUUCAGCCCACACCGACCGGUUCCAACAAUCCCUUUGCCCAGAACAGACCGCAAUCAGCUAGACCUGCGACAUCUUCUCUUAGCCCUCUGCCAGAACAGAAGACUCUGUCCAACUUCAACCAACCCCAGUUCCAGCUGCAGCAGCAACAGCAACAGAAGCCUGCUUUUAGUCAACCCCAGAGAGAACUCAGCGAGCAUGAGAUGAAGCUGAACGCUUUACUGGCCUCUGGAGACGGAAUGGACACAUACGGAAACACGGGAGACUUGCGAAUUCCUUCACAGCACACUGCUCCUGGCACGUUUAUCAAUAGCGCCGGCGCCGGUCUUGGUCGCCUCAACCCAGAAGCCACCGGCAACAACCCUUUCCUGCGACAGCAGUUUACCGGUCUGCCCAGCAUCACUUAUGGUGGCCAGCCUCAGGUGAACAGCAACCCAUUUGGAGCCCAGCAGCGACAGCAACCAGGCCAACCGCAAGAUUUAAUCCAGUUUUAA